UCCGGUACCUUUUCCCGCUAGGUGUCAACUCAAAUCGCCAAACGUCUUCGCUUCCACCUCCAAUCAUUUGGAUAAAAUAAUAUAUAAGAAUGUAUUACACCUGUUUGAGGAACAUCGAUAGUUAACUUAUUCCUCUACAAUGUCUUUAAUGGACGAGUUCAAGAGUGGACUAAAACUCUCUAAAUACGUCGAAAGUUGCGUCAAAAACAUGGCGACAUGAAUAAAAAUGAGUGUCUUCUUUGAACCAUCUGAAUCUUCCUCAUACAGGUAUGGCAAGGCGAGGUUAUGGAUAGCUUCGAAUGAAUGAAGUGUAAUGGAAUACAAAUUCUGCAUUCCUACAAAAUCCAAAAUUUGGCAAGUCACCAACACACUGCAGGCUACAGACACUUACCUGGUGAACGACGAUCCUUCCAGAGGCCCAGGGGUGCCUGAAUGUUUCCUUGUGUCUGAUACAUACAGGGAUGAAUUCCACCCCUUCAUCGAGGCCCUGCUGCCCCACGUCCGCGCCUUCGCCUACACCUGGUUCAACCUGCAGGCCCGCAAGCGCAAGUACUUCAAGAAGCACGAGAAACGCAUGUCCAAGGAGGAAGAGCGCGCGGUGAAGGACGAGUUGCUGGGAGAGAAGCCCGAGAUCAAACAGAAGUGGGCCUCGCGCCUGCUGGCCAAGCUCCGCAAGGACAUCCGGCCUGAGUUCCGCGAGGACUUUGUGCUCACCAUCACGGGGAAGAAGGCCCCCUGCUGCGUGCUGUCCAACCCCGACCAGAAGGGCAAGAUCCGCCGCAUCGACUGCCUGCGCCAGGCCGACAAAGUGUGGCGGCUGGACCUGGUCAUGGUCAUCCUGUUCAAAGGCAGCCCCCUGGAGAGCACGGACGGGGAGCGCCUGGUCAAGUCACCGCAGUGCACCAAUCCGGGCCUGUGUGUCCAGCCGCACCACAUCGGAGUGUCCGUGAAGGAGCUGGACCUCUACCUGGCCUACUUCGUCCACACGCCAGAAUCUGGACAAUCAGACAGCUCCAGCCAGCAAGGAGACACAGACAUUAAACCACCACCCAAUGGACACCUGAGUUUCCAAGACUGCUUUGUCACCUCAGGGGUUUGGAACGUGGCCGAGCUUGUCAGAGUUUCACAAACUCCUGUUGCCACAGCGUCAGGUCCAAACUUCUCAUUGGCUGACCUGGACAGCAGUCCCAGCUACUACAACAUCAACCAAGUGGCCCUGGGGCGACGCUCCCUCACCUCCCCUCCCUCCACCAGCUCUACCAAGAGGAAGUCGUUAGACGACAGUGAGCUGGAGAGCCCCACAGAUGAUGUUUUCUAUCCUGGACGCUCGCCUGCUGCCAGCUCAUCCCAAUCCAGCGCGUGGCCCAAUGACAUGGAUGCAGUGCAGCACCAUUUGGCCAGUGUGCAGGAGAGGAAGAUAAAACAUGAAAACGAUGGCGUGCAGUUUCCUUACCAUGGACUGUCCUCGCCUGGUUCACUUAAGAAGCCGGGGAAGUUUGAUUUCAACGCCCUGACUUCCCAGACGAGGUCCCCCCGCAUGGCGUUCACACACCACCCGCUGCCUGUGCUGGCAGGAGUGAGACCAGGGAGCCCCCGUGCCUCAGCCUCAGCCCUGCACUUCCCCUCCUCCUCAAUCAUCCAGCAGUCCAGCCCUUAUUUCACCCACCCCACCAUACGCUACCACCACCACCAGGACCCGCUUAAGGAGUUUGUGCAGUUCGUGUGCACCGACAGCACAGGACAGCCGAGUGCACAGCAUACUCCACGCCAGGCUCCACAGCUCCCAACCGGUUUGUCGGCAUCGGAACACGGGACAACUUUCUGAAUAUCCCCCAGCAGACUCAGUCCUGGUUCCUCUGACAAGGUGUCGAACAAUCAACAGCUUAAAAGAUGACAAUUGGAAAGAAAAAAAAUAUCAUCAUGUCACUGCUGAUCAAGAGCAGACUGCUGACACUAAAAUGUUCCCCCUCGCCAACACUAGUCAAAGUACGACGACAGAAACCCCCGCCCCACACACACACACUUUACCCAAUUUGAACUGGAACGUCCGUGUGUGUGUGCGUGUGUGUGUCCCUGACCACCCCACCUCACCCCCCCCUGGAAAGAAAAUGAAACCUCACUUGCGAUGGAACUGUCAGACAAGGAAUGCCAAGAGGAAGAUGAGGAUCUGUCGCACGCACACCAGGAAAUGUUGGACAGGAAAACAAACAUGGCAACCUGACAAUUGACCAAUUUUUACUUUUCUUUUUUUUUUCUUUUUUUUUUUAAACCUUUUAUUACUUUAAAAUCAUUUUGUCUCCACCAUGAAACUCCAUGCAUUGGCCGAGACAUCCAAAAGCAAAACGCAAGGAAAAACGACACCCUAAUAGCGCACCUUUUAAAAAAACAAAAACAAGUCAGGUGACGUCUUCAGUACCUGACAGUCCCCGCCCCUCACCUGCAACGCAGCCGCACACCUGUAUGUCACCGCACCUCUCAUCGGCUCAGCCCUUAAGACUUAUUGAUUUCCGAUUGGCCAAUCAAGGUGGCGCCAUCAGAUGGCGUGACACGUAUGCACUAAGUGGCUGGUCGUUUGUUUACCUGUCCUAGUAUCAGGGCACUUUGCUGCGGGGGAGGAGAAGAAGUGUGAGCCAGUAGAAAGCGUUGAAAACACUAAAAAAAAAAAAAAGGCUGCAUGUGUACUUUCAUCCCCUCACCUAUGCACUAAUAAUUCUCAUUAGGGAUGAACACGAUUGCACAUAGACAGCCACAAAAGCCAUGAGGGGCCGCAGGGGUCACUUUACAGGGGUGUGGCUGCGCUCGUGGUCAUUUAACACGCACACACACACACACACAACCAUCUUCCCUAAAAUUAGUCUGCCACUCAUCUUUUUUAACCAUUCAGAAGUGGAGAUGGGCACAGUGAUGGAAUCAUUGCACUAUUCCAGCAUUAUUAUACUCAAUACAACAGCUGCAUUGAAACAGGAGUUCAGAAUAUUCAACCCCUUGAAAAUCCUUUAAAGAAAUGUACUCCAAUGCCCUUCUCUAUUCCGAAUGUUUGGCAGGAACACGCGCACACACACACACAAUGCAUGAGCUUCAUAUUAUUAGCUUUCAUUUAGCGUGUAGAUUUGUUUUUCCUCUUUUAUUGACAGAUUUGUUUUGGGUUUUUUUUUUUUGGUUUUGUUCCACUUGGAUUGUUUUUGCAUGUCAUAACAACCUUCCGCUGUAGUUUAGAAGGCACGCUUACUCGACAGUACAAAACUUCUCAAACCUCUCGCGGUAACGAGCUCGUCACACAGAGUUAAAGGAACACACACACACUAGCACCUGACUUAUAAAGGGAAUCCUUUAUACUUUUUCCUCCCGAAUGCCUUUUUUUUUUAUUUUUACAUUCACUUAAUUUGAUUUUGAUUUUACAUGUCAAUUUUCAUCGCGACACAAUCCAACGCCACACAAAAGAGCCGACCUCAAAAAAUAACUGGACUGCCUUAGUUGUGUUUUUAUUUGGCAGGGAUAGUAAAAGGCUAAAACGUAUAUCACAACUUUAACAAUAACAUGGAAGUGCCUCUGUAUUCCCUUCAUGCAAUUAGUAUCAAACUUCAGGUUAUUUUUCGCCCUGCGUCGAAGCUAACACUGUUAGCAUUCAGGAUUUCAAAAACCUUUCCACGCCUUAAAUAAUCACAAAUGUGGAAAGACGCUAGAGUCUACCCCAGCUGGCUUUUGCCAACCUGGACUAAGCACUUACUGUACGAGGUGUGUCAGAAAAUAUAUAUAUAUUUCCAAUCCAUUCUAAAAAUGUUCCUUUUAAGGGAUUUUUCCAAGGUGAUGUCGUCCUCUUGAAGAUCCCCUUUAAGUUUAGGAAAGAAAAAAAAAUAACACGGCCAUGUUCUUCAACUGUUGCCACAACUCUCGCCUCACUCACACGCUAAACCAGGGGUGUCCAAACUUUUUUCCACUACGGGCUGCAUACUUAGAAAUGAAAGAAUAUGCGGGAGAGGGGGGCACUUUAAUACAUUUUGUACAUUAAAGAUGAAAAAGAAACAAUUGAAGGUACAUUAUUAUAUGCUCAGCCAGGUGUGACCAAGAAAAAUGAAAGAAUGUGGGGAAAUAAUUUACAUUGUGUACUUUAAAUGUGCUAAAAAUGGUUAAUCAAAAUAUGCCAACUUAUCGGAAUCAAACAUCCACAUCUUUAUGUCAAAUGUAACAAAGCAAAUUAGUGUAAUAUCUCAUCAAAACCCUUUAAUGUAUUAAAUUUUUUGGUAUUAUUCUUUAGCAAUAGUAUUAUUAUUCCGCUUUACUAAAACCUUUUUGCGGGCUUUAGCACACUUUUUGGGAUAAUUUGGGCCUGUUCCUUUUAUUCUUUGUUUUGUUUUUAAUGAAUCAUUCCAACAAAAUAAUACACAACAGUACCAUAAUAAUAAUAAAAUUCCAUUUCCAAAACCAAACCCAGCAACAUUCAGAAUAGCAAGCAAUUGAAAAGACACACAAACAUGACACAAAACAAUCCAAAAGUAGUCAAACAAAAAUCAAUAAUAUCAACAAGAGUAUCAAUAUUAAUAAGAAUUCGAACAUAGCAGUGAUUAGAAAUCCCUCACUUACAUUACCAUCACAGCCAUUUAUAAAACAUAAAAUGGAAACAUUAAAACAAUUAACAAUAGUGUCACAGUGGCUUACACUUUCAUCCCAUCUCAUAAGCUUGACAAUCAUGUUUAUAUAUUUACAUAAAGUAGGGCUAUGAAUCUUUGGGCACCAUUCCAUUUGAUUCUUGGGGGUCACGGUUCGAUUCGGAAUCGAUGUUUGAUUCAUAAAUAAUACUUUUUCAACAACGUUGUGUGCCAGUUUGACGAUUAACUACAUCCCGCCAUAAAAUAGACAAACAGCUCUGAUAAAUUUCUAUAUUACUUAAAAGAAAACUUUUUUUUUUAAAUAAAAUGCUACCCAAACAUGUGAUAAAGUCAAACACAAAUAAGGCAACAAGAGAAGUAUCCAACACUUCUUUUCUAAAGUAAAUCUAUACAGCACAUAUGGGCUUCUACAUCAACAAUAUGAUUUACCUGAGUGGCUGGACAAGACAAGAUUUUUUUUUAAAUUGAAAAAAAUAUAUUUGAUUGUUGUGACUCAAUUAAGAAUCGUUUUUGACACCCCUAAUUUAUAUAUAUAUAUAUAUAUAUAUAUAUAUAUAUAUAUAUAUAUAUAUAUAUAUAUGUAUAUAUACAUACAUAUGUAUGUAUAUAUAUAUAUAUAUAUAGUCGAGGUUUCUGUGGUUUAUCCGUUAUACAGUGCUCAAUACCGGGGUAGAGCGGAAUAUACACAGUGGCUAUAUCAUCCCUACAAGCCUGUUUUGCAGGUUUCCCUGCUUGUCAGGGGAUUUUAUAAAAUCCCCUGACGAGAAUCAGGGAAACCUGCUCAUCCUGACCUAACGUAUAUAUAAUGUAUAUAUAAUUUUUAUUUUAUUUUAUUUUCUUCCUUUUUUUGCAAUUUGUCUAAUUUUCACCCAUUUCCCCGGGACAUUUCCCAUAUUUUGUAUUGCAAAUAACCAUGGAACUUUUCUGACACACCUUGACAGACAAGCAGUCGUAGUUUGAGAAACCCUAGUCUAGUUUGUAUGCACCACUGCAAACAUUUUUGUUAUAAAAAGACAUAGAAAGAGAGAGAUCUUAUACAAAUAUAUUUAUGAUCUAUGCUCCUUUUUGCUACCUGAGCUGCUUGGCAGUCUAGUUAUUUUCUGGUCUUUCCCUCCUCGUGCCCAUCAGUAACAUCACCUUAGCAGCACAAAUUUAAACACACACAUCCGCAGCAGAGUUGCAUUCUAGUACCUUUUUAGAUGUCAGCAAAUUUGAACUGUAGGAUUGAAGAAGAAGAAAAAAAAAAAAGUGUUUUGUUAUUUUGAUGGAAAGUAUUAUUAUUGAAAACUAUGUGUCGAUUGAGCCACGUGCAAUGCAUUGGGUAGAUCAUUGUGUUUGUCUGUUAGAGAUUUUUAAGAAAGCUACGAGAAAAGAGAAAAAAAAAAAGUAUUUGUCUCAAAAAGUCCACAAGCUCCGGGACUCUAAACUUAGAGGGCCAUGAAAAAAAAAAAUCCUAGUCUUUGUAAGUUGGGGGUAUUGUUUUUAUUUCCUUUUGUCUUUAUUUUUUUAAUGUUUCUGUGUAAUCAUUUGUUUAUAUAUAUAAAAAAAAAAAAAAUCAUGUGGGAGGGCUGAAGGAAAACAAAUUACACAACUUCUCUAUUAAAAAGCGGUGCUCCUAUUUGAAACAAAUGGUAAUGAACAAAAAAUGACAGCAUUACUCCUCGCUCGCUCUUUCUCUCUCUCUCUUUCUUGCUAUAUGUAUUCUUCUAUUGAGUGUGGGGGGUGGGGGGUGGGGGGCGGGCAAAGCAAAGCCAGAUAAGUUGACCCGAGCACUGCCUGAAUCUCACCAGCAACGCGACAAACGGCCCAAAAUACUCCCAAAAACUCUUCAUGACCCCGACGGCGAGACUUGUUUUUGCUCCCCCCCACCCCCUGAAGCCCCUACUGUCCCCUCUGUAAAUGCCUCCCCUAGUGCUCGUGCUGUAGUGUAUAGUUCCCCGGCAAGUAAAAGGUUGUCCUUUAAAAGUGCCUUUCGUUCACAACGCUCCCUUUUUGCAAACGGGACGUGCACGAGUGCCACCGCCGCUCUCAUGCGCAUCUCUCCCCUUCAAAUGAACCAUAUUCCUCUUUUCUUAUCUAUAUGCAAAAAUCUACAUAUAGAUAUAGAAGGUGUGGAUUUUUUUUUUCUUUCUUUAAGGCAAAAAUUGUGUUAUUGUUCCUCUGUUGCUUCCCCCCUUCCUUGCCUUCUGUCUCCACUGUCUUGUUUUCUCUUCGACACUGGAGUAGUCUGUAACUGUCCGUCACUUUCGCUCGCUCGCUCGCUCUCUACAACAAACAACAACAACAACAACAAAAAAGCACAAAAAAAAUAUUACAGAGAAACUUUUGUGUUGAGCGGAAUGCCGUUAGCUCACAUGUUAUCCUUGUCUGUAUGCUUCACAUUGUCAUCACUUUGGACAGCUCAUGGAAGUGAACAAAUGACGCUGACGGGCUUUUGGGGGUGUCCUUGGGAGGAGGGGGGGGUAAGAUUUUCGUUUUGUUUGUGUAAUUUUUUUUUUAAGAGAGCUGAUGAACUGCUUAAGGAUGUUAGAAAGGGGCUGAUUGGACUAUCGGAUAAAAGUUUGAUCUUUUGGUUAUUUAUUGUUUGGCUUUGUUUUACUCCCCCCUGACCCUUUUUUUUUUGUAUAAUUUAAAAUUAUUUUUUAAAUAUAUAAUUAUGUUUAAAAUUUUAAUAUAAUUAUAUAUAUUUUAGACAAUUUUAAAGUAUAUAAUUAUAUUAAAAACAUUUAGUAUAAUUAUAUAUUUUUAAUAUAUAAUUAUAUAUUUAAAAAUUGUCUGAAAUAUGUAUAAUUAUAUAUUUUUGUAUAUAUAAUUCUAUUAUUGUUUUUAAAAAUAAUUAUAUAUUUAAUAUAUAUAUAAUUAUAUUCAAAAAUAAAUUUAUAAUUAUAUAGUGGUUUUUUUUGUUUUUUUUUACUAUUUGCUAUCAGGGUAUGUUGUGUUUAAAAGGAAGCCUUGGACUUAAAAAGCCAGCUACAAGCACCUUAUUAUAUACCGGACUUAUCCCGCAUGAGGCUGAAGGAAAGGGUUGCAUUUUCGCCGUGUUUGUCCACACCCCCUUCCAGUGAGUAUUAUUGACGCAGUAACAUUGUCAGCAGUAUUAGAUACUUACAGUACUUACACGUGCCUAUAGCGGAUGUAGAGGUCACCACCAGCCUGACCUCUCCGAAGAAGGGGGGGGAGGUCCCCUCUGCCCACCUCAUGCUGGACAGAUCCAGGUUUUUGUUUCUCUUAGUUUGUUCGUAAGCGUGUAUGCUUACUGGUGUACUAUACCCCCCCCUCCACCAUACCCGGACCCCAGCAGCACCCGUGUCCUCCCAGCUCCUCCAUGCCUCUUAUCCACGCCCUCGGUGCAUCACCACUUCUUUGUGAGAACACCCCCAGAGCUCUAUAGGUGAAAUGCAUGUGUUAAUUACACUUUCUUUUCCAUAAGAAGAAAAACGCAGUUUGAGAAGAGCAGCACCUGAUUGAAUAAAAAAGGAUGUUCUUGACUGUA